AUGUCGGAACACGGAAAAUAUUCAAGCUCAAGCUGCGACCCUGCGGCUGCCGAAAAGGCCGACAUGUCGUCAUUAGUCCAGGAAUGGCUGGUGCAGAUUCGAGGACCGCAACAAGCGCGGGAUCGAGCAGGGGUUGACCUGGAUGGGGAGAAGAGCGGAGAGAUGAAUAAGAGACAAGAGGGAAUCAAACGAGGGCAUCAUGUGCUUGGGUCACGACUUGGGCUUGGCGGCAAGGAUGAGGAGCAGAGACAGUAUCUGCCGGGAUUUAGUCUCGAUAUAAGAGAAUAUAAUGUAAUGGAAAUGCAACAGGAGAACCUGGAGGUUGCUUGA